AUGAAACACCAUAAUACGCCAGAUACCGCAUCAGGAACACCCCGUGAUCGUUUUCGAACACCUCGACGACCGAGUCCCCAGUCAUCUUCCAAGACCUCGAAAAGCACUACGUCGAAGAGAACAGCGUCUCCAGGAUUGUCAACAUCUGGGCGAACCCGGAAAAGAGCCUCCCUACCGAGUUCCUAUCACGCACAGUCAACUCUCACACAGAUCGAUUUUGUGACCCAAACUCCACAUCCGGACGAUGACGAGCUCGACUAUAUCGAUAACACUGGAGGAAGCGAAGAUGCACGCAAAGCUGCCCAGCCAGUGCAGAUAGAUGAUGAUCUCAGUGAAGAUACCGAAUAUCGACCAACUUUACAGGCCAGAUCAGGCCUAUCUACGCUCGGAAUGAAUGACGACCACCCAAAACGGCGGAGAAAGAGUGUGGUCGCCCAACGAGCUCCCCUACGCAAGAGCCAAACUCCUAGGCAGAGCAAUGUUAGAGGAAAGCGCAAGUCGACAGACAAGGCUCCAGCAAAGCGCGACAAAACACUCACGCAAAUGGAUUUCGUGCGACGCUAUAUUACGAUUGACGAUGACGACGAUAGUGAUGUGAAUAUGGGGUAUUUACCGCCUGCAUGCGAAAAGGACUCGAAAGAGGAUGUUCAACAAACAAACACGACAGAAAAGAAGGAACCAAAACUGGAACCUCGCUUGUCCUCCCCAAAGCGUACUCGCAGGGUUCUUGAAGCUGAAGUAGACUUGUCUACGGGCGAACCUAUAUCCCAGUCCGAUGAAACCCAAAGUCUCAAACAGCCUGACCUUCAACACCCUUCUAAAACCGAGACUCCAAUCACCCCCCGAAAACCGAGGAGACUCGAAAUUCCGUCAUCGCAGUCACCGGAAAGUCCGGGGUUGGCGAUUAUCACAUCGUCUCAGUUUCGCAGUGCAACACGGUCGCCACAGAAAAAGGGGCGAUUAAAUUUCGCUAAUCCUGAAGAUCCCAUCAAGGAAGAAUCUCCCAGCGCAUCAGGGAUGGCCGAGGAGCCACCCGACAAAGAAGAUACGAUUGAAAACCAGACACCCACACAAAACCGAACUACAAGUCGCAAUUCUCCUGACCCGGUUCUACCAUCAUCCAAACAAAAUACAUUGACGACUGCGUCAGAAGUCUCCCGGAAAUCCUCGCAACCCGAAGAGGAACCGCUACCAAGGCGUACCCAACGCGAAAGGACAGUGAUUUAUGAAACGGAUGCGGAAACGGACAAUGAUGACCUUCAGGAUGACAUUGGGGAUGGCCUCGAUACUCCAACUCGACCUCAUAGCCCGCUAUUGGAAAACUUGGACGAGGUUCAUGAUGAACCACAAUCGCCGUGCGAUGACUCUCAAGAUCUUCCCUUGCCCAGCGCUCAUGCAUGUGCCGACCCAGACUCAGCGCCUCCCUCUGAAGCGCCAAUGUCAGAUGCCUCCAUGUUCUACCGACGAGUGCAACCGGCAACUCAAUUCCCAUAUGAGCCUAUUCCGACGUUGAACACCCAAAAGUUGUCCGAGCUAUUUCCUAAUGAAGGAAGCACACAAUAUCCUCGCCAAGGAGCUACGCAUGAUUCAUCCCAGCGUGCUCCUCCUUCUUCCCUCACUCAAACCCAAAGCCAGGGAACAGACCAGAUUGAAAUUGUGCCCGAGUCCUCGCCCGCCCGAGAAAAUGAAAACAGCAUGGACCGUGAUGAAGAUGUCUUUCAGCGACCUCAACCUCCUGGGUCGGUGGUCCAAGUCGAAUCAUCACAACCAGUUGAUCGGGGUCAUCAUGGACCGGGUGGGAUGUUGUCACGCAGUCAGCUUCUGACUUCCAGUGUUAUGGAGAGCAUUCCUAUGCCCAACUUUUGGAUAGGGAGCCAAGAUAGUGUGGGAGAACCUUAUAGUCUGCCUGAACAGUGA